CAAACACAUGCCAUUUAUCAUUAUAUUAAAAUAAGAAUUAACCUCAUAUUAAUAUGGAGACAGGUGCAAUUAAUACUCAAUCGGUUGAUAAAUCCAUGUCAACCAUGCAGCAAGAAGUUGAAACAGCAACUGAAGUGAGUGCACGUGGGCUUGAACGUAGUGCACGUGCUGUAUCACCCAUAACAACUGAAUAUGAAUUCACAAGUGAUAAUAUCGACGAUAGUGAUGAUGAUGAUAAAAGUUCUGUUCUUCAGAUGAAAAAAGACUCCGAAAUAAAAAUAAUCGAGGUUGAUGAAAAAAAAUUAAAAGAGCGUGAGACACGCAUGAAGCACAUGCGGUCAAUAUUUGGUACUCAACCAGAACUUGAAAGAAUUGCCAAGGGUUGGGCAAAUGCGUUUGUUGAUUCAAACUUUACUGAAUAUCAUUUUACUCAUUUAUGUGAUACUAACCCUGAUGAUUUAAGAUACAUGAUCAAUCUCUGUAGAAGUAAUUUGACAAAAUUAUCCAUUUCUAAUUUUAUGGAUUGUCCUUCCUCCAUGAUGCCAUUGAUUAAUUCUAAUUGUCCAAAUCUCCAAGUACUGGAAUUGACUUUUUAUGAAGUGGAGGAUAAAGAUUUUGAUAAUUGUUUUUCCAAUAUGCCUCAUCUUGAAUCACUGGAAAUUCGAUUGAAAUUUGUAACUUCAACUGUACCAAUGACUUUGGCUAAGUCAUUAGAACAAGUUUGUGAAACCUUGAAAAUUUUUUUAAUUGAAUCAGAGGAAAAUCAACUUUACUCACCAGAUUCAUCAGUUCCAGUAUUUUCUCCAUCCACUAAAAUUUUAAUGAGCACAAUUUUGAAGAUGAAAAACAUUGAAAAGUUAUUUGUUCGUUUAGAUCAUGGUAUUACAGAUGAAUUCUUGAAAAAUCUUAUCAAUAAUGCUAAAAAAAUAAACACAUUAUUUUUGAGGGGUUCAUAUAUUACUGAUGCUGGUAUAAAAGUACUUAAUAAUGCAGAACAAUUGAGAUACUUUGGUCUUCACUUAUUUACCAAAGAAUCAGCAAAUAAAUUCAUCACUGAUCAAUCACUUGAAUGUCUUUCCAACGAGAAAAUAAUAUACUUGGAUUUAUCAAAUUGCGUUAACGUCACUAAUAGAGGAGUAAUUACACUUGUUAAAAACUUACCAAAUAUACUUCAUUUAUUUGUUAAUUAUUCCAAGGUAACUGAUGAAGUUCAAAAAGAAAUUGAUGAAUUAAAAAAAUGUGGUAAAACAAAUUUAUCCUUAUUUACUUGUCAUGGGGAUGAAUUAUAAUUCCAUAUACAGAAAAAAAAAGCCAUGUUUCUCUGUAUAUCAAGCAUCUGGAAUACUGAAAACGAGUAACACAUAAUAUGUGUGUAGUUUUUCA